UAUACGCACCAGAGCUGUUUUGGACAGAGAAACUAGUCUUCGUUAUUGGUUGACUGUUAUUGCUCAGGACAGAGGAGCUGUUCCAUUGACUUCUCGGCUAGACGUGUAUGUCGAAGUUGAAGAUGAAAAUGACAACACACCAUUGACUUUCGAGCCAGCGUACUAUCCAAACAUUCCAGAAAAUUCCCCAGAAGGCACUACCGUGGUCAAGAUGGACGCUUUCGAUCUGGACGUUAAUCCCGAUCAAAGGAUUUCCUUCCAUAUUACCGCCGGAGAUCCUCAAGGCUACUUUGCGCUCGACUCUACCACUGGUUUAAUUACUACUACAUCCCGUCUUUUAGACAGAGAAACACAAGCGGAGCAUGUCUUGGAGAUUACUGUUACUGACAACGGAGAUCCUCCACUCUCUUCAACAACUCGAAUUGUAGUUAAUGUGCUGGAUGUCAAUGAUCAUGCACCUACAUUUUUCCAGAGACUUCAGAGAUGCUACAUUCCACAGAUGUCUAAACAAGGACCAACUCUUUGUCAGGUUCUAGCUUCCGACGAGGAUUCAGGUCCCAACGGUGAUAUUUCAUAUGUGUUAUCUGAAGGCUCAAGUGGUCAUUUAUUUCGCAUCCAUCCGAAGACGGGAGUAAUAUAUAGCCAAGCUGCACUAAAAGGAGGACAGCAAUAUGAACUUCUGGUUACGGCGUCUGAUGGAGGGAAACCAUCUCUAAGUUCUAAUUCAAGAGUCAUCUUAGAAGUUAUAUCCGUUCCUGGUAGCAGUAAAAGUCCUCCUGUGAUACAUCCAAUGGAAUCUCAAACAUUAGUUGUUUCAGAGAGUGAGCAUGUAGGAAAUUUAGUAGCUAUGGUCCAGGCUGAAGAUCCAGAUGGUGAUACUAUAUGGUAUUCUUUAGCAGGUGGUAAUGUUGGGGACAUGUUUAUGAUUCAGUCAAAAGGCGGUGCUGUGCUACUCGCUCGAAAACUGAAAUGGGAAGCUCAUCCAUUUUAUAAUCUCAGUAUAAGUGUUACAGAUGGAGUAUACACUGUUUUCAGUUACCUUUGCAUAAAAGUCAUGAGCAUUAAUAACUAUAUGCCUGAAUUUUUGGAACACACCUAUAAGGUUGAAAUACCAGAGAACAGCCCUGUAGAUACUGAGAUUUUGAAGCUUGAGGCUUUUGACAGAGAUCAAGACAAACGUUUACUUUAUACCAUACAUAACAGUGCCAGUCCUUACAGUAUUUCAAAGUUCCGACUUGAUUCAAGGACAGGUAUACUAUCCAUUGCCCAGCCUCUGGAUCACGAAACAGCCCAACGCCAUAUUCUUACUGUUGCAGUCAUGGAUAGUGGAACACCUUCAAAACGUUGUUUCACAAGACUAGAAGUAAAUGUUUAUGAUCACAAUGAUCAUUCGCCUCAGUUCCUAACAAGCAUGUUUGAAGGUCAAGUAUUCGAGACAGCUGCUAUAGGGACUUCAGUUUUACAGGUUAUUGCCGUAGACAGAGAUAAAGGGAAAAAUGCCCAACUUAGCUAUUCAGUUGUAUCCGGAAAUGUUGGUGGAGCCUUUGCAAUUCAUCCAACUCUUGGCAUCAUUCAAGUUGCACAAAAUUUAGAUCGAAAUUCAAUGUCAGAGUACUUUCUUAGUGUCAGAGCAACGGAUAAUGGUGAUGCACCUCUGAAUGGAAGUGUGAAUGUUCAUAUCAUCAUUACAAUUGCUGAUAAUGCUCCUCCAAAAUUCGAGAAGUCGGCGUACGUUGUAGAAUUGUUUGAAAAUGGUAGGAAUGAAAUAAAAGUUGUUGGGGUGUCAGCAACUUGUAGAUCAUCUGUUUAUUAUGAAAUUGUUGCAGGAAAUGUGGAUGAUCACUUUACAAUAAAUCCUACGUCUGGUGUUAUUCAUACUACCAAAUCACUUGACUAUGAGACGAAUGUGUUUUACAAUUUGACUGUGCGGGCCACAAAUAUGGUUGGAACAAAUGCAGAGACCAUGGUUCUUGUUCACGUACUUGACCGUAAUGAUAACCAUCCCUAUUUCUUAGAAGCUGAAAUGAUCGGCCUUGUUAGUGAAGCGAUGGAUGCGGACAGUAUAGUGCUCAAUGAAUCCAAUUUGCCUUUAGUAGUAGCUGCCGUAGACAAAGAUUCCGAACUCAAUGCAGUUUUGUUUUAUAAAAUAGUAGAAAAGUCAGCUAAUUUAUACUUUAGAAUCGAUUCAAGUACUGGUGCAAUCAGCACAUCACAAGUUUUAGACCACGAAAAGUUUUCCAACUAUACUUUCACUGUACAGGUGACUGAUAUGGGGAAACCACGACUUAGUGCUGUAGUUCCAGCAACUGUAACUAUAUUUAUAACUGAUAUCAAUGACUGCCCUCCUCAGUUUGAACAUCCAUCAUAUGCAGCUACUCUGUUAUUACCUACACAUCAAGGAGUUGUUAUUACUUCUGUGAAAGCAACAGAUCCUGAUACUGUAGCUAGUACCUCUAUCAAAUACAAUAUUGUUUCUGGAAAUUUUGGUGAAAAAUUCGCUAUUGAUGAAGAUAGCGGUGAAAUUAUUGUUCGAAAUCCUGAAGAUAUGAAUGAGGAGUAUCAGCUUGUUGUGUCUGCAAGUGACAGCGAAUAUGAAGCUAGUUCUAAAGUAUCGAUUAAAGUUAAAGAGUCUCGAGCAGGCUCUUUGCGAUUCAGCAAAUCUAAAUAUACAGCUAAAGUGGAAGAAAAUUCCAAUAAAAUUAUAACAGUAGCUGUCAUAUCAGUUAUAGGUACAGCCCUCAAUGAACAUUUAACUUUUAAAAUCUUAAAUCCUUCUGAAAUGUUUGAAAUUGGAACGACUUCUGGCGUAGUUAGAACUAAAGGCAUUCCUUUUGACAGAGAACAGCAGAAUUUCUAUACACUCGUUGUAGAAGUAAAAAGUGAGAUAACUUCCCCUCCUCAAACAGCCCAUAUUUUAGUUGAAGUCACUGUCACAGAUGUUAAUGAUAACCCACCCAUUUUUGUGAAUUUACCAUAUUAUUCAGUGGUUCCUAUGGAAGCACAGCAAGGAUACAUCGUUCGAAAGGUGCAUGCAAUUGAUCUAGAUUUAGGACAGAACAGUAAAGUUCACUACGAGUUAGUUGAAGGUGAUAAUAAAACGUUCAAAGUGGACCCAAGGUCUGGAGAAAUCAUUCUUUUAAAGCCAGUUGGAUCUCAGAACCUUGAUCAUGAAAUAGUUGUUGCAGCAGUUGAUGGAGGUAAUCCACCAUUAAGAACUACAGUUGACGUUCCAAUUCGUCUGAUUAACAGAGAUAUGCCGGUAUUUCCAAAGCAGUAUUAUAAUAUAUCUGUUGCAGAAUCGUUGCUUUCAAAGUCAGCUGUCCUUACAGUUUUAGCUGACAGUCCAGAAGGAAGGCAACUAAUUUAUAGUAUAGUUGAUGGAAACGUCCAUGAAGAUUUUGGUGUGAAUUUUACUACUGACCCUGGUAAUAGCAAUGGGCCAUGUAUAAUAUAUGUGGUUGAAGAGCUGGAUUAUGAAACAACACAACAAUACCAUCUCACUAUACGUGCAACUGAUUCUGUCUCAGGAGCAUAUGCUGAUGUUGCUGUUCAUAUAAGUAUUGAAGAUGUAAAUGAUAAUCCACCAGUGUUUGAAAAAUCAUCUUAUUCUGCUUCUGUAUCAGAGGCUGUGCCUUUUGGAACAUCUAUACUUCGAGUUAAUGCAACAGACCGCGAUUCUGGAAACAACCAAAGAGUUCAGUACUUUAUCAUAGGAAAUGCAACAACAUUCUUCCAUGUUGAAUCAACAGAAGGCAUUGUAUUUAUCAAACAGUCACUGGAUAGAGAACGCCAGGAUUCACAUGAUUUUCUGCUUAUGGCAACAGACAGUGGUUCACCAGGGCUGAGUGCUACUACUACAGUCCAUAUACAAGUAGUUGAUAUGAAUGAUAACCCUCCAAAAUUUGAGCAUUAUGAUUAUGACUGUAUGAUUAGUGAAAAUGCUCAAAGAGGACAGUUUGUUACUAGAGUUAUUGCAUCAGAUCCAGAUGAAUCAGAUCAGUCAAAAUUAAUAUAUUCAAUUGUUGGUGGUAAUGAGCAACAAGCAUUUGCUAUCAAUUCUCAGUCUGGUAUUAUCACUCUUUCAAAUUUACACCAAUUCAGUAAUCAGUCUGUGUACAUAUUAAAUGUUUCUGUUACUGAUGGCGUUUAUUCUGGAUAUGCAAGAGUAAAGGUCAGCAUUCUAGGUGAAAAUAGCAAUUCCCCUAUUUUCACUCGCACUGUUUAUGAAGUAGCAAUACGGGAAAAUUUACCCCCUGGUGCCUUAGUGACUACUGUUAAAGCUGCAGAUAUUGACCGAGGAGAAUAUGGGAAAAUUACCUAUAGUAUUGAAAGUCAAGUUUAUGAUAAAAUAUUUAUGAUUGAUCCUGAGACAGGUGUCCUUUAUGCUCGUAUUAGUUUUGACAGAGAGAAACAUAGACUGUAUGAAGUACCAAUUGCAGCUUUUGAUGGAGGUGGGAGACCUGGCUAUUCUACUGUUCGUAUCUCUGUAACCAAUGAUAAUGAUAACGCUCCACUCUUUACAGUUUCUGAAUAUAGAGCUUACGUAUAUGAGAAUACUACUGUGGGAACAACAGUGCUACAGGUGCAUGCAGUAGAUGAAGAUGAUGAUAUUCACGCUGCUUCAAUUGAAUACAGUAUAUACUCAAAUAAUGCAUCAACAAUUACUGACUUUUUUGGAAUUUCCAAAGAUCUAGGUGAAGUUUAUUUAAAAAAGAGUGUUUCUCAACUUGUCAAUCAAGCUUUUCAGUUUUUUGUGAGAGCCCGAGACAGAGGUAUUCCACCUCAAGAAAAUGAAGUGCCAGUAAAUGUUAUAGUUGUCCCAAGUAAUGUUGUUUUACCAAAAUUCGAGCAGCAGCAUUAUGAAUUUUUCAUAUCAGAGAAAUCAUCAAUUGGAACUGUAGUAUCAACUCUGAAUGCUAGUAGUGCUGAACCUAUACAUUAUGGAUUUGUCACUGCACCAAUAGAUUCUAUAGUAGAAUUGCACCAGUCUGUGUUUAGUAUCUCAGAUGAUGGAAAAAUUAUAUUGAAUUCUGCUUUAGACAGGGAAUCAACAGCAACAUACCAGCUUGUUGUAAAAGCUGAAACUAGUCUAAGUCCUCCACUUAUCGCUUAUUGUGAUAUUACAAUAAAUGUAAUGGAUGAAAAUGAUAAUCGUCCCAUUUUUGAAUCCAAUCCAUAUUUAAUGACAUUGGCUGAAAAUAUUGGAAAAGGUUCAAGUAUUUUGAAAGUUGUAGCAAAGGAUGCAGAUUCUGGUUCAAACAGUGAGGUGGUAUAUUCGUUUGGAUCUGAUGUCGGCAAUGCUGCAAAUGUGUUUCGAUUAGAUCCCUCAACAGGCUGGAUUACUACACUUGCUUCUCUGGAUUAUGAAACUCUCUCAUGGUAUAACUUUAGCAUUGUAGCUAAAGACAAAGGUCAUCCUCAACAUUCUUCAGUAACAACAGUCAUGCUUCGAAUUCAAGACUAUAACGAUAAUCCGCCAGAAUUUGAAAGACAACACUAUGAUGCUGCAAUAUAUGAACAUGCAGUUCCUGGUACUGUAAUUGUUACUUUAGAAAUUAGGGAUGCUGAUUUUGAGCCAAGCAAAAAUGACUUUUAUAUUAUUAAAGGGAAUCAAAAAGACCAAUUCAAUGUCAGGCAAAAUGGUGAAAUAUUUGUUCAUAAACCAUUAGAUAGGGAAACGACUGCAAAUUAUCUGCUGGAAGUGCUUGUAACAGAUGGUCUUUUUGUUUCCAAGACGAGUGUGGCUAUUGAUGUUCUAGAUACAAAUGACAAUCCUCCAGUAUGUCUGAAGUCAAAAUAUAUUGAAAAGAUAUCUGAGGCUAUUCCUCCAUAUUCUUACAUACUUACUGUGGAAGCUUCAGAUGCAGAUGAUGGGAAAAAUGCUUUGCAGUUGUACAGUCUUACUGGAGCUGGAGCUACUGAUUUUGUGAUUGAUUCUGCUACAGGUAUUAUUAAAACAGUCAAAAACCUAGAUAGAGAGCAGCAAUCACGCUAUUUUUUGAAAUCUCAUGUCCAGGAUAAAGGCCAUCUGGAGUGGACAUGUACUAGUUUAAUUGAAAUCCAUCUGGAAGAUGUGAAUGAUAAUGCACCUCAGUUCACACAGCCAAUUUUUACUGUUGCUGUUGCAGAAGAUGUACCUGUUGGCUCACUCAUUAGCAAAAUUCAUGCUGUUGAUAAAGAUUUAGGUGCAAGCAGAAAGAUUAGUUAUUCCUUUGUGAGCAAUCCUCUUGGACAGUUUGAAAUCAACAGCAAAACAGGAAUUGUUCGUCUAAAAAGAUCACUUGAUCGGGAAACAGAAUCGGAGUAUAAUUUAACUGUUCAAGCAACUGAUCAUGGAAUACCUCCAUUAUCAUCUACGGUUUUGCUUAGCAUUUCUGUUCUUGAUGUGAAUGAUAAUCCUCCUGAAUUCAUGAACAAAAUGAUGUAUGCUACUGUGUCUGAAUCUGUGCCUGUUGGCACAGGAAUCAUUGUUGUUCAUGCUACUAGUGAAGACAUUGGAAUUAAUGCCGAGAUAUCAUAUUCUAUUAUUGGAGGAGAUGAACAAGGAGUUUUUGAAAUAUCAGCGGUCACCGGUCAAGUAAAAUUGGUAAAAUCACUAGAUUAUGAAUUUGUGCGAGAUUACUUUUUAACUGUCCAGGCUGUUGAUGGAGGGACACCUCCCCUGAGCAAUCAAGCUGUAGUGAAUAUCACUGUGACUGAUGCUAAUGAUAAUGCCCCAGUCUUUAGUCAACCAUCUUAUCGUGCAAUUAUCAGGGAGGAUGCUGUAGUUGGCAGUCAAGUAAUUCAAGUUCUUGCAAAUGAUGCAGAUAGUGCUCCAAAUGCCCAACUUUCAUUUUCACUAAUUAGUGGAGAUGAUAAUAAACACUUUGCUAUAGACAGUAGCAGUGGUUAUAUAAAGGUAGCAAAAACUCUUGAUAGAGAAAUGAUACCAAACUAUGUACUUCAAGUAUUAUGUUCUGAUAGUGGAAUUCCUCAGUUGUCAUCUACAGCUUAUGUCAAUAUUGAUGUAUCUGAUGUUAAUGACAAUGCCCCAAUGUUUUCACAGAGCAAUUAUACUGCCAUCAUACAGGAAGGAAGACCACUUGGCUACACAGUUCUUAAAUUUACAAUUAUUGAUGCUGAUGCUCCACCAAACACUGGCCCAUUUUUAUUAGAAAUUUUGUCUGGUAAUGAAGAUGGUGCUUUUAGAUUAGUUCAACAAGAUGCAUCUCUGCGCACAGCUAUAAAAUUUAAUCACAAGAAAAAAGAUAAAUAUGUUCUGCAAUUAAAAGUUUCAGAUAAUGGCGAUCCACCAUUAUCUACUGAUUCUUGGGUUACUGCACUAAUUAUUGAGGAGAGUCAGUUUCCUCCUAUCAUAUCACCCCUUGAAGUUGUGAUAAAUUCCUUUCGAGAUGAAUUUCCUGGUGGAGUUAUGGGUCGUAUUCAUGCAACUGAUGGUGAUCCAUAUGAUAAAUUGCAUUAUGAAGUUGUAUCUCCCUUUAAAGAACUCUUUUCAGUUGACAGAGAAGACGGAACUUUAGUUGCUCUGCCAGGACUUGAUGUAGGCUCAUAUAAUGUUAAUGUUAGUGUGACAGAUGGAAAGUUCACAAGUUAUGGAGUUAUUUUAGUUGAAGUUAACAUGGUUAGUGAAGAAGCUGUGAAAAACAGUGUUGGCAUGAGGUUAAAGGGCAUUACUCCAGAAGAUUUCAUUUUAAGCCAUCGUAAGAAUUUUCUACAUGGUUUACGCAGUGCCUUAAAUAUUCGAACCAAAGAUAUAGAUAUUUUAAGCAUUCAGCCGGCAGAAGCAGUGACAACUAAAGAAAAGCGAGAUACCAACCGUGACCUUGAUGUUUUGUUCGCAGUUCGGAAAAGUCCUCAUGUUUAUUACCCUGCAAAACAGCUACUGACUAAAAUUAAGGAAAAACAAACAUUAUUUGAAACUGCCUCUAAUCUGAAAGUUGUCAAGAUAAUAAAAGAUAGAUGCACUACAGAUUAUUGUGUCCAUGGAGAAUGUGUUGAUCGAAUUGUUCUAGAUGAAACUUAUGUUGUCAGUAUUACCACAGAGUCUUUGGGCUAUGUUUCACCCCAACAUGUUCGCAAACUGGAAUGCGUUUGUAACUCUGGUUAUGGUGGUACACACUGUGAUAUUGUAAUUAACGAAUGUGCCCGUAACCCAUGUUCCUCACAUCAUGUAUGCUUUCCACAUCCAUCAGAUUUGGGUUAUAUUUGCCAGUGUCCUCCUGGGAAAACAGGGCCAUUAUGUGAUCGAGAUAAAACUAAGAUAUGUAGAGGAAGUACAUGCUAUGAAGAAAAGAAUCCUAUUUCAUACAAUGGGAAAAGUUAUGCUCGUUAUUCCUUAACUAAUCCUCUUGAGAGACAUCUCAGCAUUGCAGUCAGUGUUCGAACGGUACAAGCUACUGGUAACUUGAUGUAUGCUGCUGGAAUAAGAGAUUAUAGUAUUUUAGAGAUUGUAAAUGGUUAUGUGCAGUAUCGUUUUGAUUGUGGCAGUGGGGAAGGCCUGGUACGUGUUGAACACCCACAAGUUAAUGAUGGUUUAUGGCAUGAUAUCUGUGUUGAAAGGCGAGGCAAUGCUGCUGAAGUAAUAGUGGAUAAAGUCCAUCGCACAUCAGGAAAUGCCCCUGGAGUUCAUGAUAUUUUGAAUUUAGAUGGCAAUGAUAUUUAUUUUGGAGCUGAAGUUCGUCACCACCCAGCUGUAUUUGGAUAUGAAGAUAUUCGAAUGGGAUUUGUUGGCUGUAUGGAUGAUAUAAGAAUAGAUGGUGUAUCUUUACCCUUGCAUGUAGCAGGAAGAAAUAAUGUUGUAACUCUGAGGAGAUUUGCUAAUGUGCAAUUUCAGUGUGCUGUUCUUUUUGAUCCUGGAGUCUGUGGAAGUCAACCAUGUGCCAAUGGCGGUGCUUGUAAUGCAACAGGAAAUGCCUUCACAUGUCAGUGCCUCGCUCGAUUUUUGGGUCCGCGUUGUGAAAUUGAUACAAACCCCUGUGCCUCCAACCCGUGCCUUAAUGGUGCAACUUGCCAUAAUGUGAAUAACAGCUUUCGAUGUGACUGUCCUGAAGGCCUUAGUGGGAAGCGCUGUGGUUAUGGUCGGUACUGUAAUAAUCCAUGUCAUAAUGGGGGUGUUUGUGAAGAAGGAACAUAUGGACCCCUUUGCAAAUGUCGAGGGUUUUAUGGUGACAUCUGUCAGUAUGAUGUAAAUGAAUGCCAAGCUAACCCAUGUGCUAAUGGUGCAACAUGCCACAAUGUACCAGGAUCGUUUCACUGUCAAUGCUCGCUGAAUGUUACUGGUGCCCUCUGUACUGAUCUUCUUUACACUAAUUCAAUAACUUCUACCAGAUGGAAUACUACCAUAGAAGAAAUAAUUGGUAUUGCUGUUGUUGUAAUUUUUAUAAUGCUUCUGGCUGUGAUACUUGCUUGUUGCUGGAGAAUACGACAUAAGAGACGACAAAGGAGGCCAAGUCUGCAGCUUGGAGAUGAUCCAGGAGCCAAUGAGUUCAUGCUAAAAAAUGCUAUUAUAGAGAAGGAUAAUGUAAAGCGUGUGAGCAAGAUAAGUAAUCUGGAUGCCACAUUUACUACACCACCUCUGCCUCCUCGUCCUGCAUCAUAUACUCCUAGUACACAGGAAUCACUGAGUGCACUUGCAAAAUUUGAUACCGUUCGCAAUUAUGGCAGUGCUGCUGAGGAUCUUGAAAGCAACUCACCACGGUAUGGGGGCCAAAUGUUCCAACACAUUAGUACUCAUAAGAGCUCUCAUGUUAGUGUCCCACCAUCCCUCACCCCUCCUCCACCGUCCAGUUCUGAUUCUGAUUCCCUCCUGAAAGACGGGUGGGAAACUGAUAUGAAUUCUUCAAAGGAAAAAAUCUAUGAAGAUAAAAUACAAAAUAACCUCAAUCCUGUUGUUGUAAAUUUACCAGAUGAAAUGGAGAAAUGCCAAAAAACUUCUACAGUUACACCAUUUGAUUCAGUAGUUGACACUUCUGGAAAUGAAAAUAAUUUUGACAAUAAACAGACCACCCCACCCCCACCACCUAGAGAUGCCUCAGUGCAGGGGUAUCAUUGGGACAUAUCUGACUGGGCCACUCCAGAAAAAAGUGUGAAUAACAAUUUCACAGAUGAAUCUCCAACUGAAGGCCAAGAUUCAUCAAGCGUUCAGAGUACGGAUUCUAACAGUUUCAUCAGUCAGAUUGAACUGGUGCCUGACAGAGGUGGAGAAUUAUGCCAAAAACGUGACCAAAAUAUUCCUAGCUUAGUCUUAUCACCAUCAAGACAUAAAAUAGAAGCCAAUUCUAAAUUAAACAACACUAAUUGCCAAGUUGGAGAGUCUACCAAGUUCCUGAAAAAAGAUGGCUCUCCACCACCAUGUUAUGAGAAACGAGGAAAUGGUUGGGCAGAAUUUUCUGAUGAUGAGGUCGAUACAUACGGCUUCCCUAAAAGAGGGGGUCGUGGCUUUAGAGUGGCACUGGAAAGUGGUGACUAUGGUGCUGUGAACAGAGACUCAGAAAAUAUUUUCUUAGAUGGACUAGAUUCUGACAAUGCUUCCGUGUCAGAUGCAUCUGUGAAAGUUUGUGAACUAGAGGAUAGCGAAGCAGAUGUCUGUGAUGUUGAAGCAUUACCUCCACCAAAGAACUAUGCUUCUGUACCAUCAUUUGUGUGAUAAGGCAAUUAAUUCAGUAUUUAAAUGAUAAUAUGUUAAACGUAUUUUUACGUGAAAAUGCUGCAAUAUAGAAGAAACAGACUAGCUCAUAAUUAUGAAAUAUAUUGAAAACUGUAUCUGGCCACUUAAAUAUUAGGCUCUUUAAUUUUUUAUAAUUUUGAUUCAUCAUUGUUUUAUAUGUCCGUUUUCACUACAGCUGAUUUUCUUGCUUGCAUUUUUCUUGAAAUUGCCAUGCUCUAAAAUGUUAAAGACUUUGGAACUCACUGAAAUACAUUUUGAAUCAUUGUUUUAUGUUUUGUGAUCCUUAAAAACUUGUAAAUUUAUUUAAAAUUUAAUUGUUAACUGAAAUUAUUCAGCUAUUCCUUUGCCUGGGAAGUGUUGACUUUUGUUGUUCAUGCUGAAGACAUACUACUAUGCCUAGAAAGGAUAUACAUGCAAAUUGUAUACUCUUUGAGAAUCUUUUGUCAUAUUUAUUAUAUUUAUUUGCUUAAUAUGUUAAUAUAUUCUGACAUUUUAACAUAAAAUUUGGAAAACAAAGGGAGAAAUACUUAGUUUUUAUGUUAUUAUCUUACAUUUUAUUCAUGCUAAUGCAGAAAAGUGGCCUUUUAUGGUUAAAAACAGUAAUACAAGCGAAUUUAUCUUGAAAUACAUCUUUAUCAAACUAUAUUAGGGUCCAAGAAAUAAGAGAAGAAAUGAGUAAGCCUGGUGCCUGUAUAACUUGUUGCUGUUAAGUUUAGGUAAAAGGUAAAAAAUGUACUACUAUGAUCCAGUGAUGAUGAUGAUGAUGAUGAUGAUAAUGUAGCUGUUGGAACUGACUGUGAUAAUUUUGGCAGCUACAGUGCCUACCAUUUCGGGCUAUUAUUUGGUAAAGCCCAUCAAUGAAAAAUUUAAACCUCAGGUGUCCAAGUCCAGCCAUUUUUAUACAUAUAAUUUUAAAAUCAGACUGAAACUUUGUGAAAUGAUCAAUGUUUUAAAUGUCAACUUUAUGUGAAAGAUUUGAAAAAUUUUGUUUCUUUAGCAAUUUUGUGAUACAUUUUUAUACAAUUGCUUAUACUUAAGUAAUUUCCUUGGAUUCUGCUAAAAAAAUUAAAAAUAGAAUUUUAGAUGUCUCAACACAUAUCCCCUGUUGCAUGAAAGGGGUGUGAAAGUAUUUAUCUAAAUAUCGUAUCUAUCCCUUAUAUAUAUCUAUAUAUUUCUAUAUAUAUAGAUAUAUAUAAUAUCUAAUAUAUACACAUAUGGUGCUAUGUUUAUAUUGCCAUGGUCCUAGUAAAUGAGUCAUUUGACUGUAUUGCAUUUAUUAGUUAAUGGUCUGUAGAUGCUGUUGUAUAUAAAAUUCCUUGUAAUAAAAUAUUACUUGUAUUGAA